AUGAGCUCUCCGACAUUCGUCUUCUCUCUCGGCGCCUGGGUAGUUCCAGCCGUGUUCGAUGCUACUCGUUCCCGGCUGGAGACCCUCGGCUUCCCUUCUGAAUGCCCCGCGCAUCCUUCAAUUGGGGCUGAACCACCCACCAAGACGCUGGCUGACGAUAUCUCUUCUCUGCGUGGUGUCUUGAAUGCUUUGGCCAACGAGGGACGAGACUUGGUCGUUGUGGCUCACUCGUAUGGUGGUGUCGUCGCUUCUUCUGCCGUAGAGGGAUUGAGCAAAACCGCUCGCAUGCAGGCAGGUAAGCCUGGUGGUAUUGUGAAGAUCGUGUACCUAGCUGCCUUUGCUUUGGAUAAGGGACAAAGUCUGCUAGGCAUGCUUGGAGGCAACUAUCUACCCUGGAUGAAGGUUGAAGGUGAUUAUGUUCUCGCGGACGGAGCUGGAGACGUUGGUUGGCAGGAUAUUUCCCUUGAAAGCCAGGAAAAAUGGAACGCCCUGGCGCUCCACACUUCGCGUGCGGUAUUUUCCGGAGAGUCUACAUAUGAGCCGUGGACAGAGAUCCCAUGUUCUUAUAUCGUGUGCGAGCAAGACCGUGCUCUUCCUCCUCCAUUCCAGGAGUUGUUUGCUUCUAAGAUGGGUGGACCAGAGAACACUUACCGGCUGCCAAGCUCCCAUUCGCCGUUCUUGAGUAUGCCAAACCAGUUGGGUGACCUGUUGCAGCAAAUUGUGAAGGGAUGA